AUGGAGGAGCUUGGUUUUCCUGAUAGGUUUAUCAAGGGGAUAAUAGAAUGCAUCAAGACAGUCAACUAUACUAUCCUUGUGAAUGGAGAAACCACAGAACCUUUCAAUGCUGCUAAGGGUCUUAGACAAGGAGAUCUUAUUUCUCCUUUCCAAUUUGCAAUAGUGAUGGAGUACUUGAGCAGAUCCCUGCAUGAGCUUAAGAAGGAACCUACAUUCCAGUAUCACCCAGGUAAUCUAUCCUCAGUGGUCACAUUGUACAAAAACUUCUCUCAGUUCUCUGAAACAUCAGGUUUGCAGGCUAAUUUGGGUAAAAGUUCAGUGUAUUUUGGUGGGGUGAAACAAGAUGUGAAGGAGCAGAUAUUGAUUGGCUCACCUGGGUUGGUUCAAUCUGUUAUUUUUGGUAUUCAAGCUUACUGGGCUCAAUUGUUCAUCUUGCCUGCUAAGGUAUUGAAAAUGAUUGAGGCACUCUGUAGAAGCUACAUUUGGUCUGGAACUAACACAAUAACCAGGAAGGCAUUAGUAGCAUGGGAAAAGAUUUGUACUCCUAGGUCAGCUGGUCGACUUAUUCUCAUAAACCUUCCUGUAUGGAACAAAGCAGCAAUUGCCAAAACGUGCUGGGACUUAGCACACAAACAUGACAAGCUAUGGAUAAGGUGGGUCAAUGCAUACUAUAUCAAACAACAACUACUACAACAUAUGCCAUUGCCACAACAAGCAAGUUGGAUGGCCAAAGGCAGUCUUCACUAUGUGGCUGUUGCUCCAUGGAAGACUACCUACUAA